CUCAAGAAAUUCCGCGGUGGUGGGUCCACACACCCCCCAAGAAAGAGAGAGAAAGAAAAAAUAAACAAUGGCGUGGGCGUAAUCGUCCUAUAAAAGCUCCCACACACGCGAGACCUCACUCUGCAUUUUCGUGCUUCUCAAAACUGAGAAACUCGUACUUCUCUCUCUUAUCCCUUCCACACCACACUCACCGCUACGCUUAAACGCUGCUUUUAGCCUUAGAAUCUUCCCAAACUCGCUCUCGCAGUUUCGUCAUUGUUGCUCUUUGACAAUACUGGUCAUUUCUUGGACAAGUGCUUUUGUGACUGGAUUUGAUGAUGACUUCUGCUGUGAUCCAUUUAUGCAGAGCUGUCUUUGUAUUUUAGAGUAUUCUUAUUUAUAUUGGUUAUGCGUGGAAAAAGGAGAAGAACUGAUUUCUUCAUCUGAAUUGUUGGAUACACAUCCUAAGCAGUGAAGAAUGGAGACUUUGGCACAACUAGAAGCAUUGUGUGAAAGGCUUUAUAAUUCGCAGGACUCUGUUGAGAGAGCACAUGCCGAAAAUACCCUGAAAUGCUUUUCCUUAAAUACUGACUACAUUUCACGGUGCCAAUAUGUUCUGGAUAAUGCAUCCUCUCCAUAUGCUUUGAUGUUGGCUAGUUCGAGCUUGUUGAAGCAAGUGACAGAGCAAAGCCUUCCUUUACAGCUCCGAAUUGAUAUUCGAAACUAUCUCAUAAACUAUCUGGCUAGCAAAGGACCUGAACUGGAGCCCUUUGUGCUUGGAUCCUUGAUCCAACUCUUUUGUCGCAUUACAAAGUAUGGUUGGCUUGAUGAUGACAAAUUCAGGGAUGUUGUUAAAGAGGCAAUGAACUUCUUGAGUCAGGCACAAUAUCAUUAUGCUAUAGGUUUGAAGAUAUUGAAUCAGCUAGUUUCUGAGAUAAAUCAGCACAAUCCUGGAUUACCUGCUAUUCGUCAACGGAGGAUAGCAAGCUCUUUCAGGGAUCGGUCACUUUUUGAGAUAUUCCAGAUAUCAUUAACUUCACUCUUCCAGUUAAAAACUGAUGUUGGGAGCAAGUUGCAGGAACUGUCUCUUUUACUUUCCCUUAGUUGUUUAUCAUUUGAUUUUAUGGGGACAUCAUAUGAUGAAAGUUCAGAUGAGAUUGGUACUGUUCAGGUUCCAUCUUGUUGGAAGCCUUCCCUUGAGGAUUCCUCAACACUGCAAAUCUUUUUUGAUUAUUAUGCAAUGAAUCAAACGUUUUCAAAAGAGGCAUUGGAGUGCUUGUUGCGUCUUGCUUCAACUAGACGAUCUUUGUUUUCCAAUGAUACUGCUCGAAUGAAGUUUUUGUCACACUUAAUGCAGGGAACGAAAGAAAUUUUGCAAAUGGGAAUAGGUCUUGCUGAUCAUGAUAACUAUCAUGCCUUUUGUCGUCUACUUGGUCGAUUUAAAAUAAACUAUCAGUUAUCAGAACUUGUGAAUGCGGAAGGCUAUAGUGAAUGGAUACGCUUAGUAGCGGAGUUUACAUUAAAAUCUUUGCAAUCUUGGAAGUGGGCUGGCAGCAGUGUUUACUACCUUCUAAAUUUGUGGUCUAGAUCAGUGACGUCUGUGCGGUAUUUCAAGAGUGACAAACCUAACCUACUUGAUGAAUAUGUUCCUAAAGUUAUAGAAGGUUUUGUAUCAUCAAGAUUUGAUUCGUUGCAGUCUGAACUAUCAGAUGAACUUGGUGAAAACCCACUUGACAAUGUUGAAGUACUUCAAGAUCAGCUUGAAUUUUUUCCAUACCUCUGUAGAUUUCAGUAUGAAAGUUGCAGUUCAUAUUUAAUGAAGAUAGUCGAGCCUAUCAUGCAAACCUAUAUGAAGGAAAUCCAUGUGGAUAGUUAUGAACUCUCUGUAACCGAAUCGAAACUUGCUUGGUUCACACACAUAGUUGCUGCAAUUCUCAAAACAAAACAGAUUUCUGGGUUUAGUGGAGAAUCACAUGAGGUACUUGAUGCGGAGAUUUCAGCAUGUGUUUUGCAGUUGAUUAAUUUUACUGACAGUGGAUUUCACAAUAAGAGGUGUGGAGAUGUGAGCAAGCAAAGACUUGAUCGUGCUAUACUAACUUUCUUACAACAUCUUAGAAGGUGUUAUAUAGGUGACCAGGCUGUUCUUUCUUCCAAGCAGUUAUAUGCCCGACUAUCUGAACUUCUUGGACUUCAUGAUCAUCUACUACUACUAAGUGUCAUUGUAGGAAAGAUUGCUACAAAUCUAAAGUACUACACAAAGUGCAAAGAGGUUAUUGAUCAUACCUUAAAUCUCUUUCUGGAAAUGACAUCUGGAUACAUGACGGGAAAGCUGCUUCUUAAACUUGAUACAGUUAAACACAUAAUUUCAAAUCAGAAUAGGGAGCAAUUCCCUUUUAUAGAAAAUUGGGAAUGUUUUCGUAGCAGAACAACCAUGUAUUAUACUAUUGGCAUGCUGAUAUUCUUGGAAGAUAGCCCACUGAAAUUUAAAUCUUCAAUGGAACCUUUUCUACAGGUUUUGCUAAGAUUGGAAUCAACACCUGAUGCAUUGUUCCAAUCAGAUGCUGUAAAAUACACAUUCAUUGGGUUGAUGCGGGACCUUCGAGGAAUAGCUAUGGCAACUAAUAGUCGUAGAACAUAUGGGUUCUUUUUUGAUUGGCUUUAUCCUGCACACUUGCCACUUCUUCUGAAAGGCAUUGCACACUAUGCUGAUAUUCCAGAGGUAACAACUCCAUUGUUAAAAUUCAUGGCUGAACUAGUGCUCAACAGAACACAGCGAUUGAUUUUUGAUUCUUCUUCUCCUAAUGGGAUACUGCUUUUCCGAGAAGUCAGUAAACUGAUUGUUGCUUAUGGUUCAAGAAUUUUACCUAUUCCUAAUAAGGCAGACAUGUAUGCAUCCAAAUACAAGGGGAUGUCAAUUUGUUUGGUAAUUCUUACACGGGCACUAUCGGGGAACUUUGUCAACUUUGGUAUUUUUGAACUUUAUGGUGAUAGAGCACUUGUUGAUGCUCUUGAUAUCACUAUAAAGAUGAUAUUAUCAAUUCCGUUGGCUGAUAUAUUUGCAUUUAGGAAGGUUGCAGCGGCAUACUUUGCAUUCUUGGAGACUCUCUUCAAUGGUCAUUUGUCAUUUGUUCUGAGUUUGGAUAAAUCUGCAUUUAUGCUUGUCAUUGGAUCUCUUGAAUCAGGCCUUAAAGAUUUAAGUGAAAAAAUAUCGUCACAGUGUGCCUAUGCUAUUGACAACUUGGCAACGUUUUAUUUCACCCAUGUUACUGUUGGAGAGUCAGUAACCUCACCUGCUGCCGUUAAUGUAGCUGGACUCAUUUCUGAUUUUGCUGAGCUAUUCUCUAGGAUAUUGAGAACCCUAUUUGAGAUUGUUAUAUUGGAGGACCGUGGCAAUCAGUGGACUCUUAGCAGAGCAAUUCUGAGCAUGAUACUAAUUAGUGAAGAGAUGUUCACAAAUAUCAAGGCUCAAAUUUUGGCUUCAUAUCCACAAGACCAAUACCAGCGGCUAUCGUUGUGUUUUGACAAGCUUAUGCAAGAUGUGACGCUGAGUUUGGAAGCAAAGAACAGGGAUAAAUUCUCGCAAAACCUGACCAGAUUCAAGUCUGAGUUUUGUGCCAAAUAGCAUCUGCCUGGCAGAAUAUUUUGGCCAGCUCAGAAACCAUAUGGCAUCUUGUGGUUUUUUCUUCUUCACAUAUUGUAGGGGUAUCUAAUUGAGUUCUGUGCUUCAUUUACCAUGAUUCCUUUUUGGGGGGAGGGGGUGUCAGUGUUGGGCAAUAUGGCUUGAUGAAAGCUCUGCUGCCAUGUUGACAUACCGUAAAAGAAAAGGAGGGAGAGAAAAUAGCAAUUCCUAGUUGAACAGGUAGAUUGUGAUGAAGUUAGGCUCAAAUGCCUUGAAACCAUUACCUUUUCCCCCUUUUAAACUAGCUGAUGCUAAAUUUGAAGGGAGUUUGUAAAUUGUAGGAUUACAGAUAAUAGAGUUUACAAUAUAUAAUAUAUUUUGUUAAUACUGAAUG